GAGGUCUCAUAUAAUGUUACGUUUCUCUCCUCACAGCUGUUUCGUGAAGUUCGGAUAAUGAAGGGACUCAACCACCCGAAUAUUGUCAAACUAUUCGAGGUUAUAGAGACCGAGAAAACACUCUACCUAAUCAUGGAGUACGCCAGUGGAGGCGAGGUGUUUGAUUACCUCGUGUCUCACGGUCGUAUGAAAGAGAAAGAGGCUCGUGCCAAAUUCAGGCAGAUUGUAUCUGCCGUUCAUUAUUGUCACCAGAAGAACAUUGUCCAUCGAGAUCUAAAGGCGGAGAACCUUCUCCUGGACGCCGAGGCCAACAUAAAGAUCGCAGACUUUGGCUUCAGCAAUGAGUUUACUCCGGGAGGAAAGUUGGACACAUUCUGUGGCAGUCCUCCGUAUGCGGCUCCGGAGCUCUUCCAGGGAAAGAGGUAUAAUGGACCCGAGGUGGACGUCUGGAGCCUUGGGGUCAUCCUCUACACCCUGGUCAGCGGCUCCCUUCCAUUUGAUGGACAGAACCUUAAGGAACUGAGGGAGAGAGUCCUCCGCGGCAAAUAUCGAGUCCCCUUCUACAUGAGCACCGACUGCGAGAGCGUCCUGCGGAGGUUCCUGGUGCUGAACCCCAGCAAGAGAUGUACUCUGGAGCAAAUAAUGAAUGACAAAUGGAUGAACAUCGGCUUUGACAGCGACGAUCUGAAGCCUUAUAAGGAGCCGGAAGAGGACCACGCUGAUCCCAAGCGUAUCGGUGAGAUAGAAGAGAUCAUGUUGGACAUGGGCUACUCCCGGGAGGAGAUCAAAGAUGCUCUCAGCUCCAAUAAGUACAAUGAGGUUAUGGCCACUUACCUGCUCCUGGGGAGGAAAGCCGAGAAUGAAGGAGGGGAGACGCGUUCGGAGAGCACUCUCUCACUGACUCGCUCUCGGGUGACCUCGGAUGUCACCAAUGGUGCCACCAAGUCCUCCUCAUCCACUCACAGCAAGAACCAGCGAGGGUACCAGAGGCAGAGGAGGCACAGCGAUUUCUGUGGCCCGGCUCCUGUCCCAUCACAAGCCAAGAGGAGUCCUCCCGGUGUGGGGGAGGAGAGCGCGGUCGGGGAGCGUCUUGCCCCCAGGAGGGGCAGCGGAUCUGUGAGUGGUGGGGGUAGCAGGCCUCCCCCGCCCUCUAGCCCAAUGGUCAGCCAUGCACACAAUCCCAACAAAUCAGAAAUCCCAGAGUCGCGGAAAGAGGCCCCACCCACAACGAUCAACACGCCUCCGGGGGUGAUGGGUCGCAGGAACACGUACGUUUGUACGGACCGCCACGGCUCAGAGCGCCAUUCUCUCCUCCAUAACGGAAAAGAAAACAGUUCUACGCCGUCUCGCCCUCCUGCCCCGUCGCCCUCUACGCAGAGCAUCGCGGAGCGCAGCUCCCUCUCCCGGGGCUCCAACGUUCGCAGCACUUUCCAUGGUGGUCACGUGAGGGACCGCCGGGGUCAGAAUCCACCGCCGAGCUCCCCCACCCACCCACACGAGGGGUUAAACCAGAGCCGGACCCGGGCCACCUCCAACCUGUUCAGCAAACUGACCUCCAAACUGACUCGCAGGGUCGCUCUCGACCCGUCUAAGAGACAGGCGUCCCACCGCUGUGUGUCUGGAGUGUCCCUCCCUCAGGACAGCAAGAUCAGGUCACAGACGAAUCUGAGGGAGUCGGGAGACCUCAGGUCACAGGUAGCGAUAUACCUUGGUAUAAAACGCCGACCCACUCCGGCCUGCUCAGACCUCCCAGGGAUGUGAAGAAAUCCGCCCGGCGUACCCCCUUGAAUUUGCCAGCCCCCUCCACUGCUCCUGGUGAAUCUCCCCCAGUGGGUAGACCACGCCCCUU